GUUUUUAAGUGAGACGCCUUCCCUCACAUUCUGAAGCAAAAAAACACGCCUCACCUCUUCCUCCUUCCCUCUUUCCCUCUCUUCUCCCUUUCCCCUUGUGUGCCGCCAGCUACUGGCCCCAAGCGGCUGUCCACGGAGCCCGACUGCCACCACCAGCUUCUUCCUCUUCUCCCUCACUCCCACGAACAGACACCAGCAACGGGCGUCUCUCACAGCAACAGUAGGCUGCGGUUGCUGCCCCAACCGGCUGUCCACGCAGCUUUUUCCCCACCACUAGUACAUUCGGGUCACGCCACCACCACAAAACCCCCAAUCUCUUGGUCCAUUCCUGGUUUCACCUAUUGUACUCAGUAUAUAAGAGGGUCGUAAAACCUCACCUUGGCUAAUUAUUGUGGCUUUUGGUCGUAUUGUAGCAGUUUCAGGGUUCUUCCCAAUCCGCCUCCAACUUCUUAGCCUCUCUGCUCAACCAUCUCUGCAAUUUCAGGAAACAUUUGUGUGAAAAAAAUGAAGUGGAACAGUGUAACGAAGCCCUUUAAGAAGCUAUUAGUGUCACAUGGAGGAUCAACCGCUGGGCAUAAUUCUGCGGGGCGUAUUACUAUCUAUCAUCGAGGGGGUGGUGCGAAGCGUUUACAGCGAAAAAUUGACUUAAAGAGAAGCACUUCUUCCAUGGGUGUGGUGGAGCGAAUAGAAUAUGACCCUAAUCGCUCAUCUAGGCUUGCUUUAGUACGAUGGAUUGAGGGGGUACAUCCAAGCAACCAAAGGGAUUGUGAUAAAGACUUCUCUCCACCACAAAAGGUUGUUGAACCUAUUACAACUGAGGUGGCUGGUAAGUUCCCGUUAGCUUGUUUAGCUCCUGGAUUGAUGGGGAGUACUGUAGGCAAUAAGGAUGGAAAAAUUAGUAGUGUAAAGGAUGUAUUUGUUUCUGCCUUUGGUUCUAAGCGUGCCAAGGGAGAGACGUUAAUUAAUAUCCCUCGAGCAGCUGUAGCUGGGGCGAAGCCAUCCGUCUUUGCUCCAAAGAUUAGGGAGCAAGUUAGUGAAGGGAAGGAGGAAUAUUCUCUAACUGAUGUCCAACGUUGGAGAAAAGACAGCUGUGUUUGGGAUCAUAAACUCAAGCGUAAAGCAGCUGUACCAUGGUUGAGCUUUGUCCAUGAAGAGCCUGUUGGGCUUGCUAAGGUAGCUCAGAAUGACAAGUCGGUGGGGAAAUCAUCAAAGAAUCGGCACAUGGUUGAUCGUGUUCCACUCACUUAUAUAUUAGCAAGUGACAAGCUGGAAGAAGGGAAGAUGGUGAUGAACUAUGAUUGGUCUAAACAUCCUAACCGCAGUUGAAGUCUCGAACUUUUGUUGCAUUUACAGGUACCAGAUGAUGGAAUGAAUAAAACUGAUUUGAAGUCGGGAAAGUUGGUCCUGCGAGUAUUAUUUCCUGUAGCUUCCGCACUCAUGAAGCGGUAAAAUUUUGAGAUACCGCUACUAAAUUGUAUGCUGCCAUCCCUUUUCAGAAUAUUUUGAUUGCGAAUACCAAUUUUGGAUCCAAAGUAGAAUGUAGUUGUUCUCUUUCCUUGUUUAACUAACCUCUUCAAGAAAUAUGUAUCAAUAUUUUUAUGCAUUUUGUCUCACAUCAUGUGUCUAGAAUUUGGGUUAGUGAUUACAGAUAGCCUUCAAACAUGAAUUUCCUGUCAAAACUUGAACUGUGCUUGCUUA